AUGGCGGCGGCUCGGCGGGCGCGGGCGGGCGGCGGCGGCGGCGGCGCGGGGCCGGGGUUCGGGCGGGCGGCCGAGCCGCCGCCGGUGCCGCAGGGGCUGCUGCGGCUGGCGCGGCGCAGCGGGCAGCUCAACCUGGCGGGACGCGGCCUCACCCACGUGCCGGAGCACGUGUGGAGGAUCAACCUGGACACGCCGGAGGAAGCCCAGCAGAACCUGUCCUUCGGAGCUGCGGAUCGCUGGUGGGAGCAGACGGACCUGACCAAGCUGAUCCUGGCCUCCAACAAGCUGCAGAGCCUCUCGGAGGAUGUGCAGCUGCUGCCUGCCCUCACCAUGCUGGACGUGCACGACAAUCAACUGACAUCACUUCCUUCUGCUUUAGGGCAGCUUGAAAAUCUCCAGAAACUUGAUGUCAGCCACAACAAACUGAGGAGCCUUCCCGAGGAGCUGCUGCAGCUGCCCCGUCUGAGGAGCCUCCUGGUGCAGCACAACGAGCUGAGCCAGCUGCCCGAGGGGCUGGGGCAGCUCCUCAGCUUGGAGGAGCUGGAUGUGUCCAACAACCAGCUCACAGCCAUCCCCACCAGUUUUGCUCUGCUGGUGAACUUGGUGCGGCUCAACCUGGCCUGUAACCAGCUCAAGGAGCUGCCUGCAGAUCUCAGUGCCAUGAAAAGCUUGAGGCAACUGGAUUGUACCAAAAAUUACCUGGAAACAGUCCCUCCUAAAUUAGCAACCAUGGCAUCCCUGGAGCAGCUUUACCUGAGGAAAAACAAACUGCGUUCCUUGCCAGAGCUUCCCUCCUGCAAGUUACUGAAGGAAUUACAUGCUGGGGAGAAUCAGAUUGAAAUCCUGAAUGCAGAGAAUCUGAAGCAGCUGAGCUCCCUGUGUGUGCUGGAGCUCAGGGACAACAAGAUCAAGGCAGUGCCCGAGGAGAUCACGGUGCUGCAGAAGCUGGAGAGGCUCGACCUGGCCAACAAUGACAUCAGUAGGUUGCCUUACACCCUGGGGAACCUCCCUCAGCUGAAAUUCCUGGCCCUGGAGGGAAAUCCUUUGAGAACCAUUCGGAGAGACCUGCUGCAAAAAGGCACCCAGGAACUGCUGAAAUAUCUGAGAAGCAAAAUCCAAGAUGAUGGACCUGGCCCCAAUGAAGAGCCUCCUGUGACAGCCAUGACUCUUCCCAGCCAGUCCAAGGUCAACAUCCACGCCAUAACCACACUGAAAUUAUUGGAGUACAGUGACAAGCAGGCUGCCGAGAUCCCCGAGGCCGUGUUCGAUGCCGUGGGCGCCAAUCCCGUGGCCACCGUGAACUUCAGCAAGAACCAGCUCAAGGAGAUCCCCCCAAGGCUUGUGGAGCUGAAAGACUCAGUUUGUGAUGUCAGCCUGGGCUUCAACAAAAUCUCCUCCAUUUCCUCGGAGCUGUGCCUGCUCCAGAAGUUGACACAUUUGGAUCUCAGAAACAAUUUUCUGACAACCUUGCCUGAGGAAAUGGAGGCACUGAAAAGACUGCACACAAUAAAUCUUGCUUAUAAUAGAUUUAAGGUGUUCCCCAGUGUCCUGUAUCACCUCCCAGCCCUGGAGAACAUCCUGCUCAGCAACAACCAGGUGGGAUCCAUCGACCCCAUGCAGCUGAAGGGGCUGGACAAGCUGGGAACGCUGGACCUGCAGAACAAUGACCUCCUCCACGUGCCCCCAGAGCUGGGCAACUGUGAGAACCUCAGGAGCCUGCUGCUGGAAGGGAAUCCGUUCCGCACGCCCCGCGCCGCCGUGCUGGCCAAGGGCACGGCUGCUGUGCUGGAGUACCUGAGGAGCCGCAUCCCCUCCUGAGCCGGGCACUGCUCCUGAGCCUGGGCACUGCUCCUGAGCCCUGGGCACUGCUCCUGAGCCUGGGCACUGCUCCUGAGCCUGGGCACUGCUCCUGAGCCCUGGGCACUGCUCCUGAGCCCUGGGCACUGCUCCUGAGCCUGGGCACUGCUCCUGAGCCCUGGGCACUGCUCCUGAGCCCUGGGCAUUCCCACCUGAGCCUGGCCUGGCCAAGGGCAGGGCUGCUGUGCUGGAAUACCUUUGGAACUGCAUUCUCAUGAGCCCUGGCCAUUCCCACCUGAGCCUGGGCAUUCCCACCUGAGCCUGGCCUGGCCAAGGGCACAGCUGCACUGCUCUCAUACCUGCAGACCCACAUUCCAGCAGCACAGGAGCAGCCAGGUAGCCCCUGUCCCACCAGCACCCCUGGACUCCACUGCUUCCAUCCUUCUGUUCCUGGCUGGGAGUCUGCCCAGUGUUAAGAACCCAGCUGUGAAACAUUCCCUGCCCUUUGCAUGUUCCAGCAGGGAUUUCAGGAUCCCACACCACUUUGUUUACACUGUUUGUAAUAAAGGACAACAAGGAAAGCUGCCUUCAGCACAGCCAAGGUGGGCUCUGGAGAGAGUUGUCACCACCAAAGCACUGGGGCCAAAGGCAGAAGGGAACACUGUGGGGUUUGUAUUCCUGUUUUCUAUUGUUUCACUGCUGAACUGCCCCCUGGUGUGGGUGAGGUGGAGUGCUUGAGCUGUGAGGUGGUGAGAGAUGCCCCAGGUGUGUGCUGGGCUCAUCUGAGUGAAAAUGGGUCUGGUGCUGUGCUGAGACAAUAAAUGUUCCCUUGGAUGUCUGCCUUGGGUCCUUCAAGCUGUAACUGAGCUCUGUAGAUGGCAACAUUGAGAACUUCUCUUGCUCAGACACACUUCCAAAGGUCCUGCAGGUGGUAUCUUCAAUGGUAGUAGUGCUGUGGGUGGGGCUCCAGCACCCUCCAUUUCCCUUUUCCAUGGGGAAAUUCCUGCUGUGCCCACCCUGAGCUGCCCUGGCCCAGCCUGGGGCCGUUCCCUCUGCUCCUGUCCCUGUU